GGGGCACGGGGCGCGGGGGCCGCGGCGGCCGCCAUGGAGGAGGAGCCGCCGCCGCCGCCGCCGCCGUGCCCAGCGCGGGGCCAGCGGCAGCCGGCGGCCGUGAGGCUCCCGCCGCCGCCGCGCCAUGGGCCGCCUCGCCGCCGCCGCUGCCAUGUCGGCCGCUUUCCUCAGCCCCAGCCUCGCCUUCAGCUCCCACUUCGACCCCGACGGCACCCCCCUUAGCGAGCUCUCCUGGUCCUCCUCACUGGCCGUGGUGGCUGUUUCCUUCUCGGGGCUCUUCACCUUCAUCUUCCUCAUGUUGGCCUGCCUGUGCUGCAAGAAGGGGGACAUUGGCUUCAAGGAGUUUGAGAACGCCGAGGGGGACGACUACGUGACGGAGCUCUCGGCCCAGGGCUCGCCCGCCCCCCAGCAUGGCCCCGAGGUCUACGUCCUGCCCCUCACCAAGGUCUCCCUGCCCAUGGCCAAGCAGCCGGGGCGCUCAGUGCAGCUCCUCAAGUCGGCGGACCUGGGGCGGCAGAGCCUGCUCUACCUGAAGGAGAUCGGGCACGGCUGGUUCGGCAAGGUGUUCCUGGGCGAGGUGAACUCGGGCAUCAGCAGCACGCAGGUGGUGGUGAAGGAGCUGAAGGCGAGCGCCAGCGUGCAGGACCAGAUGCAGUUCCUGGAGGAAGCGCAGCCCUACAGGGCCCUCCAGCACACCAACCUGCUGCAGUGCCUGGCCCAGUGCGCUGAGGUCACCCCGUACCUGCUGGUGAUGGAGUUCUGCCCGCUGGGUGACCUGAAGGGGUACCUGCGGAGCUGCCGGGGGGCUGAAGCCAUGACCCCAGACCUGCUGACCCUGCAGAGGAUGGCAUGCGAGGUGGCCUGUGGUGUCCUGCACCUGCACAGGAACAACUACAUCCACAGCGACCUGGCCCUGCGGAACUGCCUGCUCACUGCAGACCUGACCGUCAAGAUCGGAGACUACGGGCUCUCGCACUGCAAGUACAAAGACGACUACUUCGUGACGGCCGACCAGCUGUGGGUGCCGCUGCGCUGGAUCGCACCCGAGCUCAUCGACGAGGUGCACGGCAACCUGCUCAUCGUGGACCAGACCAAGGCCAGCAACGUCUGGUCGCUGGGGGUCACCAUCUGGGAGCUGUUUGAGCUGGGCAGCCAGCCCUACGACCACUACUCUGACCGGCAAGUGCUUGCCUACGCCAUCAAGGAGCAGCAGCUGAAGCUGCCCAAGCCCCAGCUGAAGCUCUCGCUGUCGGAGCGCUGGUACGAGGUGAUGCAGUUCUGCUGGCUGCAGCCGGAGCAGCGCCCGACGGCAGAGGAGGUCCAUCUCCUGCUCUCCUACCUCUGUGCCAAAGGGGCAACGGAAGCAGAGGAGGAGUUCGAGAAGCGCUGGAACUCCAUGAAGCCCAACGGCAGCGCCAGCGCCAGCCACCACGGCCCCGAGCUCUCCUCCUUCCCGCUGCUGGAGCAGUUCUCGGCCGACGGCUUCCCCUCGGAUGGGGACGACAUCCUCACCGUCAUGGAGACCAGCCACGGCCUCAAUUUCGAGUACAAGUGGGAGCACACCAAGACCGAGCACUUCCAGGCGCCCCUGGGGUCCCUGAGCCCCAGCAGCGCCGCUCGCUACCACGACCUCUACUACCCGGCCACGACAAUGGGGCGCCUGAGCCUGGGGGUCUCCCCCUCGUGCUACGAGUGCAAGCCACCGGGCUGCCCCGGCCUGCCGGCGCCCGGCGUGGUGCCCAUCCUGGGCGCACACAGCCCCUCGCUGGGCAGCGAGUACUACAUCCGCAUCGAGGGCCCCGGGGACGGCAGCGCCGAGCUGGACUACGCCAUGUGCACCUACAGCCCCGCAGGCGAGCGCGGCCCCCUGCGCCCCCCGUCCUGCUGGAGAGCACAGGGCACCCGCAGCGGCAGCACCUACGACUCCGACAGCAGCCCCACGGUGUCCCUCAGCAUGGAGCCGCUGCUGGGCCACGCGCCGGCGGGCGAUGGCUCCUGGGAGUGCGCCGAGUACUACCCCUACCCCUGCCCCGGUAAGGAGCCGCGGGGCUACGAGCCGUCCCCCAGCCAUGGGGCCGAGGGGUACCUGCUGGAGGAGGAGCCCCCCCAGCCGGGCAGCCAGGACUGGCCCGUGCCCGGCUUCCAGCCCGGCAUCUUCACCGAUCCCUUGGGGGUCUCGCCAUCGGUGACCUGCGCCUACAGCCCCCAGGGGCACGGGGAGCUGCAGGUGGACCCGCCGGGCGGGUGCGUGCCGGGGCAGAGCGGGGCGCGUCCGGACUGCGUGAUGGUGGAGCUGGGUGAGGACAGCCCCCCGAGCCCCCCCCAGGCGCAGGGUGCCAGCCCCCCGUCCCAGCGGCACCCCUGGGCCUCCAACAGCUCCUCCAACAACAACAUCGGCAGCGGGAGCCCCGCGGGCCACGAGCUGCCGGCCGGAGACAGCUGGUGCUACCGCCGCAUGAUCACCUUCCGCGGGCUGAUGGCCAAGCCGCUGGGCACGGUGCCACGUGGACAGCUCGGGGGGUCUCCGCCAGGACAUGACUUCCGCCGCCCGUGGCAGGAUCAGCCCCCCGGUAUGGCCGGCGGCUCCUCCUCCCCGUGCUGCUCACCCUCCCCGCGGCGUCAGGCCUGGCACGGCCGUGACUCAUCAACCUCGGGCCGCCCGCAAGCAGCAGCGCUGGCUGGCAGCCCCGCCACGCCGUGGGGCCCCGCCACGGCCCCCGCCGCCACAGCAGGGGCCCAGCACGAUGCCCACCCGGAUGAGAGCGCGGAGGGGAGCAGCCCAACCCGCAGCCCGCUGCCCCACGCCGCGCCUGCACCGGGGCUGGAGGAGGCCGCCGCCAUGGCUGGCACCAGCACCCCGAACCCCGGCCCCCCCGUGGAGCCUGGCAUAGAUGGCUCCCAGCCCGCGCCCGAGGCUUCCGAGGCGCCUGCGCUGGUGCCCAUGGAGGCUGCCGCUGAGGGCAGCGGGUGUGCCGCGGGCGACGCCGACCGGACACCGGACAAGACCUUCUCGAGCGCCAGCUUCCCCAGUGUGGACGAAGGCAGUGAUGAGGACACGACGGAGCUGACCUCGGGCGUCUUCACCGACUUCUCCGGGGACUACAUAGAGCGGGCGGAGGCGGCCCCGGCGUUCAAAUCCCUGCAGAAGCAAGUGGGGACGCCGGACUCCCUGGAGUCGCUGGACAUCCCGUCCACCGGCAGCUCCUGCGAGGUGUGCAGCCCCACCGCUGCCUUCGCGCCCGCCGGCCAGACCAAGGCCCUCGACAGCGGCUACGACACCGAGAACAACGAGUCCCCCGAGUUUGUCCUCAAGGAGCCCCAUGAGCCGCGAGAGCCGGAGCCCUUCAGCCAGCUGGGGAAGGCAGCGCCGGGGCUGCCGGGGGGCGAGGGCGAGGGUCCGGCCACCGAAACGAGGCUCCCCACGUCCCUCGGGGCCGAGCUGCACAGCCUGGCCGAGAAGAACCCCUACCGCGAUUCGGCAUACUUCUCCGACUACGAUGCUGAGGCUGAGCGCGGCCCCAAGGAUGAGGAGGACAGCGAUGGGUCCCGGACCCCGGAGGCAGACGAGAGUCCCCGAUCCCCUGUGCAGGACCUAGGGCGAGCGCCUGUGCCGGGAGAGGACCCGCUGCACCCUCCGGGGGCACCUGGCAGCCCCCCAGCAGCGCCUCGUGCUGUGGUGGCAGCGGACACGCCAGUGGUGGCGGGUUUGGUGGGGGACUGGCGUGGGGCAGAGGCUGGGAGCUCCCUGGCCAGCCCCACGGGGCAGGCGCCUGGCACUGAGCAGCAUCCCGCUGGCACGGGGCUGGUGCCGGGCAGCUCCCUGCGCCCCAGCAGCUCUGUGCCACACAAGACUUUCCUCUUGACCCCGGUGCCAGUGAGCCCUGGGGAGCCGGUGCCCAUCGGAGGGACCCGUGUGCCCGAGGGCGUCCCUGGACCUGGGGGAGCCAAGGUUGGGGAUGAACAGACAGUGCCCCCCACACCGGGGCUUGGGGAUCUGGGGCUGCCCCCCGAGGGGACUGGGGCGGGUGAUGCGCCAGGGGGUCCCACCACACUGCGACCAGGGGACGAGUCACCCCCCGGCCUGUCCCCACUGAAAUCCCCCCGGGAGCUGUGUCCGGCGGCCCCCGAGCGCCGCGAUGAGCCGGAGGAGGAUGAGGAGGACACGGAGGACAGCGAUGAGUCGGAUGAGGAGCUGCGCUGCUACAACAUCCAGGAGCAGAGCGAGGAGAGUGAGGAGGAGCCGGCGGCCGUGCCCAUCGUGGUGGCCGAGAGCCAGAGUGGCAGGAACCUGCGCAGCCUCCUCAAGAUGCCCAGCCUGCUCUCCGAGGCCUUCUGCGAGGACCUGGAGCGCAAGAAGAAGGCUGUCUCCUUCUAUGAUGACGUUACCAUCUACCUCUUCGACCAGGAAAGCCCCACGAGGGAGCUGGCUGAGCAGAGCUUCCCGGAGGCCCCCCAGCCUUUGGGGCAGCCCCCCGACAGCAGCAGCCCCCCCAGCCCGGCAGACCGGCUCGGAGCCUCGGAUGACUCCUCGGAUGGCAAUGCCUCGGAGGAGAGCGGUGGCUUCGAGUGGGAUGACGACUUCCCGCUCAUGCCGGUGAAGCCGUCGCUGAUGGCCUCGCUGACGGGGCCGCCGGCGGAGCCCGACCCGGCUGUGCCCGCGCUGCCCGCGCUGGUGCCGGCGCAGAAGCAGGUGCUGCCCAUCCAGUUCUCCCGGUUCACGGUCUCGCCUGCUCCGGUGUCUCGGUUCUCCAUCACCCACGUCUCCGACUCGGACAUGGACUCCAUAGGAGGCAGCAGCGAAGAUGGUGACCGGGAGUGAGCCAGCCGGGACGCCGGCACCGGCACUGGCACCGGCACUGGCAGGGGGUGGCAGAGCACGGCGGGGCCGGGAGCGGGGGCCACGCUCCGGACUUUUUUAGGCAGAUUUUCUCGGAAGGAGCUCCUUUGCUGCUGCGAGCAGGAGCGGGGCCGGCCCGGGGCCAGGCGGUGGGUGACGGCCGCGCGUGCGGGUGCGGGUGGCUGCGUGUGCGUGUAUAGAUAGACACAUAUAUAUAUAUAUAGACAUAUAUAUAUAUAUAAAUUAUAGCAUUUAAAGGGUAGUGCCCUGACCUUGCUAACAUUUGCGGAGUGUCCCCCCCCCAGUGCAGUCCCCCCUUGGCUUCUCACCCAUGUGUGCUCCUGAGGUGGUGUUUGUCCCCGCACCCCCUGUGCCAUCCCCUUGGUCUUGCACCUCACGGCGGUUUGGCUGCCCCACGGCUGCCCCACAGUGUUCCUGAGCAAGGGGCCACCAGCUGCUGCUGCUCGAUGUCACCCUGAGUGCACCCAUUCCCGUUCUGGUGCUGCUGCACCAAGCACGGGCAAUGGCUUGGGGGGUCUCAGGGGGCUGGGGAGCUUCCCCCCUUGCUUUUUGGGGAGCGGUCCUAGACCCCAAGGUCUGGCAGGACCCCUGCCCCACUGUGGUGGAGAGCAGCAUGGGGAGGGCUGGUAGGGGGGGUCCUGGGAUCCCGAGGACCCACUGACCCCACUAUUUUUGUAUUUAAAGAAAAGGAUACCCCCCCCAACCACCGAAACGCACCCUCAAAACAAAACUUGCUGUUGAUGAACCCACAUUGAUGCGAUUUUAAGUUAUUGCUGCCAAAGAAACGUAACGAGUCGGGGGGUGGGGGGGGCACUCGUGGUUCUUCGUUCUAGUUUCCUUCUUUGUUAUUUUUUUAAUUCAUUUGAGGCUUAGGAUCAUUGUGCAAUUCCAGCUUCCAGAAGGAAAUAAUGGAAGUAAGCGGAGCUGAGCGAAACCUUGAAAUCAGGGCUGGUUCCUUUGGGGUCUAUAGACCAAACCCUGAGGUGAGAAAUGGCCCCCCCCCCCCCCCCAGCCCCAUGUCCCGCAGCCCCCGCUGGCUCCUGGCACCCCAUGUACAUGGGGCGAGGGCACCCGUGCUCAUGCACAGACACACGUGCACAGACGCACACAUGCACCCACAUGUGCUGUGGGGCUGGUGCUGGGGUUCCCUCCAUGCCAGGGCACGGUGCUGCCUUGGCACAGCUCUGGCACCGUGCUGCCGCUGGGUGCCCAGCCUGGUGCCGGGCACAGAUGUUACCCCACUGACUCCCCUCUCCCACCCAGCCCAGCCUGGAGCUGUGUCCCCAUCAUGAAGCUGUUGUCCCCCAGGGGACAGCUGCAAUGUGGGGGGGCCCACAGAUUCACCCCCAACACCCAGGGCAGCCGUGCCUGCCCCGUACCCCCCUGCUGCUGGUUGCUUCUCCCACGGCAGCCGGUCACUGAUGGCAAUUCCUGCUUUAUUUAAGUGUUGUAUUUAAGCUCCAACCUGGCCUGUACCCGCCCCCAAUUCUUUCAAGCCUUUCCCUUAUGCUUUGCAGCAUAAGGGGGCUGAUAUCCCCACACUGGCUGGUAUCACCCGUCAGCAGUGGUACACCUAAGGGUACCCCCUUCCUGCAGCACCCAUCCUGCUGCUCCCCAACCCUGUCCCCUCCUCUGCCUCCCGCCUGCAUCCUGCAUUGCAGAGGCUUACUCAGCAUUGCAGGGGGGGUUGUUCACCCCCUUCCCCAGUUUCCCCCCCGUCUCCCCUUGCGCCCAAGGUGAUGGGCUGCUGCUCCUGGUGUCCCCCCCAGCCCCCGGGUUUGGUCUAUGGCGCCGCAGGUCCCUGCCUCUGGAGGGCAGCAUGAGGACAGAGCUGUGUCUUGGAGAGUUGUUUUUAAUAGAAAGGCUAUUAUUACAUUGUCUAUUUUAUCAAUACGGGUCAUAAUCGCUGUAUUUUUUAUCAGUGCUGAUUUCCAUACAGCUCCCAGCAUGUGUGUCAAAUAGCAUCGGGCCAAUAAUAAAGUUUUUAAAAUAUCUUAA